UUACAGAUUCAGCAAUGGGAGUUCGAUUCAACACUCAAGACAAAUCUGGCACUGAUUAUGGAGUUGCCAUUAAUGAUAUAACAUCAGCAGUUAUCCAAUGGUUAACGAAGCCUUGGUAUUGGUUCAGUGCCAUAUUCAACCUUAGUCCAUUAGGGAAAAAAUUUUAUAAAGAUAUUGACACUAUUCACGAAUUCGACAGAAAGGUAAUUAGAGAAAAGAAACAGAAAAUGAUCGAAGAACUGAAAGACAAUCAAACAAUCGACAACUUUCAAGAAGAAAAUGAAGUUCCAGGGGUAAAGAAGAGGCGAGCAUUUCUGGAUUUACUGCUUUAUCAUCAUUUAACGGAUAAAAGUCUCAACGAAGAAGAUAUCAGAGAAGAAGUUGACACAUUCAUGUUCGAAGGGUACGACACAACUGCAAUGGGUAUUAGUUGGUCUCUUUAUCUACUCGGAUUGUAUCCCGAUAUACAAGAGAAUGUUUACCAGGAACAAAAAGAAAUUUUUGGUGAAGACAUGAAUAAUCCUAUUUCGUCCGAAGACCUUAGAAAAAUGAAGUAUCUGGAACGUGUUGUCAAGGAGACACUCAGAAUCUAUCCUCCGGUUCCAGUCAUAGUGAGAAGGAAUCCAUCUGAUUUGAAAGUGGGUGAUUAUAUUUUGCCGGCAAAAUCGUCUGUUGCAGUAAACAUUUAUGGGAUUCAUCAUAAUCCAACAGUUUUUGUUAAUCCCGACGUGUUCGAUCCAGAUCGAUUUCUACCAGAAAACUGCGAGAAACGUCAUCCCUUUGCCUUUCUACCGUUCUCUGCCGGUCCACGCAAUUGCAUAGGUCAAAGAUUCGCCAUGAUGGAGAUGAAGACAGUUUUAGCGAAUGUUCUUCGACAUUUUCGAGUGAAGUCUUUAGACCACAGAGAUAAGAUUUUCGAAUCUGCCGACGUCAUUCUUCGUCCGAAAUUCGAUUCUUAUCAAUAUGAUAAUCCGCGCUUCAAUAGUGUAGACAUUGGCCAAAAAAGGUCAAUGUUAGAUAAAAGAAAUAGAAGGCGACCUGCAAACGUUGACACAUACGUCUGAUUUCUUUCAGCUCUUUUCUUUUCUAUGUUAUUAAAACGUUUUUAUACUACGUUUGUCAGAAACAAUUGAACUUUUUCGCAAUUUAUAUUACUGUGAUUUAUUACGUGUGAAAGGUGAAUGCCGUCUUCCAUCUUUGUCAUCUGACAUAGACCCUUUCCGUUUAGAUUGAUUAAUGUCGCUGUGUCGAAAAUAAUAUACUAAAUUUCAGUAAUAAAUUUUUUAAAAAUAUA